AUGCCGAGUCCAUUAGUACCAGGAGAAGGUGAGCUUCAACUGCCGCAGCACUGGACAGAGCAGCCACGGCCGGAAGGUGACGCCGACUCGGCAAAUGGCGACGAUGUGUCCAGCUCGACAGCAUCCAUCUCGUCGAGCAUUUUGCAUUAUCGUUCUAUCAAUGGACGCACGUAUCACAGCGAUCGUGGAAAUAACCACUAUUGGGGCCCCAACGACGAUCGCCAGAACGAGGCGCUAGACAUCAUGCACCACGCAUUUUUGCUCCUUCAUGACGACAAACUCCAUCUUGCGCCCCUGCUGGACAACAUACAGAAAGUCAUCGACAUCGGAACUGGCACAGGCAUAUGGGCAAUAGACUUUGGCGACACUUAUCCCAAUGCAGAGGUCAUUGGCACUGACUUGUCGCCUAUCCAGCCUGGCUGGGUCCCGCCCAACGUACGCUUUCAAAUUGAUGACUUUAGACAAACAUGGUUGUUCGAAGAGAAUUCAAUCGACUAUGUGCAUAUGCGGUGGCUAAUUGGCUGCGUUGAAGACUGGACGGCGCUGUUCCGAGAGAUCUUCAGGGUCCUGAAACCCGGCGGCUGGAUCGAAACUUCCGAGGCAAACGGCUUCUACGAGUCGGACGACGGAACGCUGUCCGAGAAGUCCGCCAUGGCCCAGUGGGGCUAUCUUUUCCGCGAAGGAGCUAAGAAAAUGGGUUCCAAGGCGUCUUAUAGUGUUGUACGUGACAAGAUUCAGAGAAAAUCACUCGAGGAGGCCGGCUUCGUCAACAUACAAGAGAAGAUGUUCAAGAUGCCGUGUGGAGAGUGGCCAGAAGAUCCGAAGCAGGCUGAGAUUGGUACAUUUGUGAAAGCUGGACUUGAGAAUGACAUUGAAGGUAUGAUAAGCUACUCGGCAUCCAAGCUCGGCUGGACCCCGUCAGAGGUGAUUGUGUAUGCUGCUCAUGUCCACAAAGAACUACGGGACAAAAGCUUGCAUAGCUUCUGCAGGAUUAACGUGGCCUGGGCUCAGAAGCCAAUCGUUGCCGACGAGUAG